CGCGCAUCGGAACAAAUCGCAAUCAGAGCGGAGCUGCUGUUUGAAUCGGGGCAUCGCACCGUGACCGCGGAUGCUGCGGCACACGAACUGUUCUGCGGACUCUAAUCAGCCAAUUGCUCCACCCGACCUCCCUGUCUGAGCGAUCGACGUGCGCAAAAACGGAACAGGUCGGUGCGUCAAGAUGCUCGGGACAAGUCAACGAGCCACUCUGACAGCAGUACAAGUUAUUGCCCUGCUGUGGUCUGUGCUGUCCUUCAACGUAGACCAGAAGAACGGUUUGUCAUUCAACGGCCCCCUGGAUGACAUGUUUGGCUACACCGUCCAACAGUUCGAGAACAGCGAGGGGAAAUGGGUUUUGAUUGGCUCACCGCUGUCGGGACAACCAGCUAAACGGACAGGGGACGUCUACAAGUGUCCUGUGGGUACAGGGGACAACACGUGUGUCAAACUGGAACUGCCAAAAAACACAACAAUUCCCAACUUACAUGAAGUGAAAGCGAACAUGACCAUGGGAACCACACUUGUGACCAAUCCCAGUGGAGGAUUUCUGGCGUGUGGUCCUCAGUAUGGCUACAUGUGCGGACAGCAGCAGUACAUCUCAGGUGUUUGUGCCAAUGUUACCUCUUCCUUCGAGGUCAUCAACUCUAUGGCACCAGCAGUGCAAGAGUGUUCGAAGGAAUUGGACAUUGUGAUCAUUCUGGAUGGAUCAAACAGUAUCUACCCCUGGUCCAGUAUUGUUGAGUUUCUGGUCAAAUUCCUCAAGAACUUUGAGAUCGGACCAAAACUUUCACAGGUGGGCAUCGUGUCGUAUGGCGAGACUGUGGCUCACUGUAUCAACCUGAGCCAGUUUGACAACACUCGUGACCUGUUGAAGGCAGCCAGUGACAUUCCUCAGCAUCAAGGUUUGCAGACCAUGACCGCCCUGGGAAUCGAUACUGCCAGGAAAGAAGCCUUCACUCCAGAGCGCGGCGCACGACCUGGAGUGAAGAAAGUCAUGGUCAUCGUGACUGAUGGAGACUCAUAUGACCAAGAAGAACUCGGAAGAGUCACCAGUGACUGUGACAAAGACGACAUCGAGAGGUUUGCCAUUGCUGUUUUGGGGGACUACAAUCGUCAGAACAGAAGUGCAGAAGAGGUGCAAAAGUUUAUCAAACAAAUUGAAUCCAUUUCAAGUGAGCCGUUAGAUGAUCACUUCUUCAAUGUCUCUGAUGAAGCAGCCUUACUGACCAUUGUUGAUACCCUUGGAAGUCGAAUUUUUGCCUUGGAAGCAACAUCUGGCAACUACACAUCAUCUUUUGGGAUGGAAAUGUCCCAAGCUGGAUUUAGUGUGCAUACUUCCAAAGAAGGUGUGUUACUGGGAGCCGUGGGUGCGUAUGACUGGAACGGGACAGUGGUAAUGCACACAGCAAGAGAAUCCAUCGUUGCAAAGUAUCCCGAGUUCUAUGACCCAGAGUCAGAGGUCGGGUACGAAGGGUUGGCCGGGUACCUCGGCUAUGAUGUCCAGUCGGCAUCCACACCCGAUGGUGUCCUGUACAUCACAGGCGCACCGCGGUACAACCACACAGGCCGUGUGGUCAUCUAUAGGCUGGGUGAAAAAAACAAUAUUGUCCUUUCACAGAUACUCAAAGGAGAACAGAUUGGUUCCUACUUUGGAAGCGUCCUGCAGACGGUUGAUGUGGAUGCAGAUUCCUACACUGAUCUUCUCUUGGUUGGAGCUCCGAUGUACAUGGGCAUGGAAAAAAACGAGCAAGGUCAAGUCUACGUUUAUCGACUCAACCAGGAUGGCCAGUUUGAGCACGAGUUCACCUUAAAGCCUGUCAGUCAGACCUGCUGUUCCGCCCGCACAGCCAGCUGUACGUAUAAAAACGAACCAUGCGGUGCCAGGUUUGGUACUGCCAUCGCUGCCAUAACAGAUCUCAAUCUAGACGGGUUUAAUGACGUGGCGAUCGGCGCGCCAUUUGAAAACGACCACCGAGGGGCCGUUUACAUCUACCACGGAGACAAGAAGUCACUGAAAGAGAAGUUUGUGCAGCAUAUACCAGCAGGUGGCGACGGUGAAAAGGUGAAAUUCUUCGGCCAGUCAAUACACGGGGUCAUGGAUCUAAAUGGGGAUGGAAUCACCGAUGUCACCAUCGGCGGACUGGGCGGGGCAUCGUUGUUUUGGUCAAGAGAUGUCGCAGAACUUUAUGCCAACAUGACCUUUGACCCUGCUAAAAUCAGUCUGCAGCAGUCCCAGUACCACUGUGAACAUGACGGACGCAAAACUGUGUGCGUGAAAACUUACGUGUGUUUCAGCUUCAUUAUCAAAUCUGACAAUAAGGACUCAAACUCUGCUACAGAGAUCCGCUAUGAUCUGAUACUAGAUACACUGCGAGCAAAAGCCAGGGCCACUUUUGUCAAACCAGAUGAUAAAAAUGAUCGUAGAAUUUCCGGGCAGCUCUCUAUCAAAGACCAACAGACCAGAUGUCUGGAAGAAACCUUCAUCAUGUCGGCACAACUGGACUUCCGAGACCCUCUCAUGGUAUCUUUGGAGUUUGGACUGGCGGAGGAGGACACGGGUCCUGUCCUAGAUGAAAGUCUUCCCACAGCCAUCAAUAAAACAAUUCGCUUAGUGGACUGUGGAAGUGACGGGAAGUGCAUCGCCGACCUCUCUCUCGAAGCAGAGCCGAGUGUUAAAACAAUGGUGAUCAAAGCAAUGAACGAGAAGAUUGAUGUGCACAUGACCAUCAGAAACAGCAAAGACAACGCCUACAACGCAAAGAUCAUCGUCAGCUUCACCCCAAACAUCAACUAUGUUAAAGUCGAGCCAGAAAAGGAGUGCAGUGUGAACCACACCAAACUGGAAUGUCUUGUUGGAUAUCCCUUCCUGGGAGGUGACGCAGAGGAAAAACUCUAUUUGAAAUUUGAGGUGAAUCCCAAACAUAUUCAAGAGGAAAUUCAGAUCAGCAUAACAGCUACGAGUGAUAGCGAAGAGCUGGAUUCCACACAGGAUGACAAUACCGUGCAGAUCUCCAUCCCUGUGACGUACGAGGCAGCGCUCAUAUUCUCUGUACAACCCAAGGAUGAGCAUUUUGUAAUAAAAGAUGGCGAACAGUACCCUGCUUUAAUCAAUGACACCAGUGUGAUUGGAGAAAAGAUCAACAUCAACUUCAUGGUACAAAAGGAUGGUGACGUGGUGACUCCGCCCCUUCAUCUUCGAGUGACCUUUCCUUACGUGUCUCAAAUAAGUAACACCUUACUGUACCUGACCCAUGUCAACGUCAGCCCCCACGUCAGAUGUGAUGCGGCACAUUUGAUCAACCCAUUUAAAAUUAACCCGGUUGUUUUGAAGCCCGCUCCAAAGAGAGAAUCCCUCACGGUGUACCAAGUGAGCUGUGAAACCAUCCCCUGUGCCACGUUCAGCUGCUUCAUCGCCGAGGCUAAGAUCAGUCAGGUCAACCUGACAUUCAGACUGUGGAAACCAACCUUCGUUAAGGCGGAGUUUUCCAGUCUGCACAUGGAGGUGAAUGCCACUCUGAAGACCCACAACACAAACCUGUUUGUGUUGAGCAGCACUGACCAGACCAGAACUGUGAAGAUCCAGGUGUCCAAAGAGUCCUUAGGGGGAAUUCCCAUUUGGGUCAUCAUCAUCAGUAUCCUGAUUGGUCUACUGAUCUUAGCGCUUGUCAUUUUUGCUCUUUGGAAGAUGGGCUUCUUCAAAAGAAAAUCAAGGGAAUAUGCAAAAGGGGAAAUAAUGGACUGACAGUUGGCACCAAACAGCUGUAACCAACUGAUUUCAGAGCCAUCAGGAGGCUCAAAGUGACAGGUGGCCAUUUUUUUAUAUUACAGUAAGACAAACGGAAGAGAUGCCAUAAGACCUGUGACAACUGUGAUAUCAGUGCUGCAACAGAAGUGACCUGCAAACUGUUUCCAGAUCACCAGUUCCUUUUCAAGCUGAGAUCACAUCAUUUUUGCAAGUAGUUCCGAAACAACAUCCGGCCAGUUUGCUUGGAUUUACAACUGUCACAUGUGGCUCAUGCUGCAGGAAGCACUUUCUUGUAUUACUGACAAUCACUGUGUGCCGUAAAGUGUCCAAGUAAAACAAAUACCGAUAUGCAUUUGCAGAUACGGUUUGUCACAGUUCUGCUUUUGUCUAGCAGAUAAACCAGACAAAAUGAGGAGAAGGUACAUCAUCAGCCCAUAAUCUGUUGGCAAAGUUGCAUCUCAUGCAGAACUAUUAUAAAGCCAUCAGAACUGCAAAAACUGCACUCAGCUGAAGAGGAGCAAAGUACUCAGGUUUUUCAGCACGAAGAUCCAAAGACACCAAAGCCAUACAUACUUUGUCAUUCCAACAGAAGUGUCCAAAGGUCUACCUUUUUUCAGACAUGAAAUAUGUGAAGUGAGAUGUCUGAUAGUGUGUACUUUUUGUCCUUUUUUUCAACGAUACACUGUAUAUUAUUGCAACAUAUAGCAUUUCUGUGCGCCGUUUUUGUCAAACUUUACCUGCAAUAUAACACGGCACAUCCUAGAACCUUUUUUUUCUUAAUGCUGACAAAAGACACUGAUGACUAAAUAAGAUUUAUUUUCUUACAAAGGUGUAAGAUUGUUUUAGUUUUGUUCAAUUGAUAAAUGAAAGAUUGUUGUCACACCUCUUAUGUUAAAAAUCUGUGCAAAAUGCGACCCCAAAACAGAAAACAUUGAGACGAUAUAGAAAAUGCAAAUAAAAUAAAUAAAUAAAAACCCUGCAGUGAAUCUUACAUUUAGUUUAAGUUUUGUUUCAUUGCAGAUAUUAUGAACCCAAGAUAUUUCAGGUUUUGCCUGGUCAACUUCAUUUCACUUUGUUAGUAUACUUCCAUGCCUCCAUUUCAGGUCUGAAAUAUAUUCCAAAAAAAUAAAGUUGGUUCAGGGGCAAUUUACAGCUAGUAAUAACAUUAAAUAAAUAAAUAAUUAUAUUAUGUUCUCAAAUAGGUGCUGUCAACAGGUGAUUGUAAUCAUGAUUUGAUACAAAGGCAGUAUCCACAAAGCUGAGUGUUUGAGGAGCAAAGAUGGGCAGAGGAUCUCCAGUUUGUCAGAGAAAUAUCUGAAGGGUUUUGCACAUUUCUAGUCUGUAGUGCAUAAUAUCAUUAAACAAUUCAGGCAGUCUGGAAGAAUUUUACUGCAUAAAGGGGAAGGGCAUGUCUAAGCUGAACACCCAGGAUCUCUGAUCCCUCAUGCGGCACUGCACCAAGAAUCAUCAUUCAUCAAUAGCUGAUAUAACUAUAUGAUCACUUUGUGAAACUUUGGUAAGAAUUACAUCAGAGACUUACAUUCACAAAUGCCACUUAAAACUUUACAAAAAAGAAGCCUUAUGUUAGCCUUGUCCAGAAGAGUGUUGACUUCUCUGGGAGACAUCUGGGUUGGACCUUCUUCUUCUUUUUUCGGCUGCUCCUGUUAGGGGUCGCCACAGCAGAUUAAUCGUUUCCAUCUCACCCUGUCCUCUGUAUCUUCCUCUGUCACACCAACCACCUGCAUGUCCUCCCUCA